CACCUUCCUGUGUGAGCGGAGGCCAGGCUCAUUUUGACACAGAGUCUCUCUCUCUCUGCUUGACUUCUACAAACCAUGUGGCUCUACCUGGUGGCACUGGUGGGCCUGUGGACGCUCCUGCGCUUCUUCAGGGAGAGGCAGGUGGUGAGCCAUCUCCAAGACAAGCAUGUCUUCAUCACAGGCUGUGACUCUGGCUUUGGGAACCUGCUGGCCAGACAGCUGGACAGGAGAGGCAUAAGGGUGCUGGCUGCAUGUCUGACAGAGAAGGGAGCCGAGGAGCUGAGGAGCAAGACCUCUGACAGGCUGGAGACAGUGAUCCUGGAUGUCACCAAGACAGAGAGUAUUGUGGCAGCCACUCAGUGGGUGAAGGAGCGUGUUGGGAACAGAGGACUCUGGGGCCUGGUCAACAACGCUGGUAUCUCCAUCCCCUUGGGUCCCAGUCAGUGGAUGAACAAACAGAACUUUGCAAGUAUGCUGGAUGUGAACCUGUUGGGCAUGAUCGAGGUGACUCUGAGCAUGCUGCCCUUAGUGAGGAAGGCGAGGGGCCGUGUGGUCAACGUCUCCAGCAUCAUGGGCCGAGUGUCUUUUGGUGGUGGUGGUUACUGCAUCUCCAAGUAUGGCGUAGAGGCCUUCUCAGACUCCCUCAGGAGGGAGCUCUCCUACUUUGGGGUGAAGGUGGCUAUUAUAGAGCCUGGCUUCUUCCUGACUGGUAUGGUCAAUAGUGCAAGAUUAUCCUCAAAUACCCAGAUGCUGUGGGACCAGACCAGCUCAGAAAUCAGGGAGAUCUAUGGCAAGAAAUAUCUGGCAUCCUAUCUGAAAAACCUAAACGAAUUGGACCAGAGGUGCAACAAGGACCUGUCUGUGGUGACCGACUGCAUGGAGCACGCUCUGACUGCCUGUCACCCUCGCACCCGAUACUCAGCUGGCUGGGAUGCCAAGCUCUUCUACCUCCCCUUGAGCUACAUGCCCACCUUUCUCGUGGAUGCCCUUCUCUACUGGACUUCCAUGAAGCCUGAGAAAGCCCUCUGAAG